UAUUUUGCGAUCAUGCCGAGGGACAGGGACCCUCUAGCGGUUGGGCGUGUAAUAGGAGAUGUUUUGGAGCCCUUUACAAGGUCCAUUUCUCUGAGGGUCAAUUACAGUAGGGAGGUUAAUAAUGGUUGCGAGCUCAAACCCUCUCAGGUUGUCAACCAGCCUAGGGUUGAUAUUGGCGGUGACGAUCUCAGGACUUUCUACACUCUGGUUAUGGUGGAUCCUGAUGCACCUAGUCCAAGCGAUCCCAACCUAAGGGAGUACUUGCAUUGGUUGGUGACUGAUAUUCCAGCAACAACAGGCGCAAGCUUUGGGCAAGAGGUCGUGUGCUAUGAAAGUCCACGACCAACGGUGGGGAUCCAUCGGUUUGUGUUUGUGUUGUUCCGUCAACUGGGGAGGCAGACAGUGUAUGCACCCGGGUGGCGCCAGAAUUUCAAUACGAGGGACUUUGCUGAGCUUUACAAUCUGGGAUUGCCCGUGGCUGCACUUUAUUUCAACUGCCAGAGGGAAAGCGGGUCAGGCGGAAGAAGAAGAUAACUACUCUUUGUUAUAUAUAUAUAUAUAUGUAAAGUUUCAAUAAUUAAGAAACGUCUAGUCGUCAGCUACUAGUCUACUUUCUUUAUUUAUGAUGCUUGCAUGUAUCGACCCAUAUAUAUUUUCCUACUCAUGAAUCAUGAUCACUACCUACAUAUCAUUAG